AUGUCGCCCAGCGGCAACGUGGGCGCCGCUGGUCCGCGGCCAGACCUCGACCGCUUCUCGGCCUUCGCGGGCGGGGUCUUCGACUUGGAAGGUGGCGAGAAGUGCACUGGUUGCGGGAACAUCUCGGGGGGCGAGCCGCGCGGCCGCGGCUCCGCGCCCUCCUCGGAGAGCCAGCGCCGCUCGGACCGCUCUCGUGCCUCCGAGCGCCGCAAGGCCAAGGGGCGGGCUCGGCAGGCUGAGCGGCGGCGAGCGGCGACCUCCCACGAUGCUGGUGAUCGCGACCCUAGGCGCCGCAGCCGUCGCCUGCCCCGCGGCGACAACUUCUCGCGCGCGGACGCGGAGAUGCGGCAGCGGGCAGCCGAUGCGGCGUGCGAGCUCGAGCGGGACGGGGUCGACCUGGAGCUGCUGCCGACCUUCCCCGACUCG